UAAAAACAGAAAACUCUAUGGAGAUUGUCAUGUUUGAGCUUUGAGAGGUUAGCUUGUAUUUACCGAAAUUUAAAGUUUACAAUGAAAUAUUAAGUCAAAAGUGAUUAAAAUACGAAAAUUUGUCUAAGUUAUGUUUGUUAUUUUUUCUCAAUCGUUUAAUACUUACUCAUCUUAUAGUGAAUAACUACAUCAAUAAGAAGUAAGAACACCCUCCAAAAUGUCGGGAAAACCAUAUUCUAUGAGAGAGAUGAAAACAAUUGUCGAGUACUUGACAGAACAUAAAGUCUACUCAGAAAUCAGAGGUAGAAAAAUGUGGAUGGAUUUUGCAAAUUCUAAUAUAACAACCAGGACCUGGCAGAGUUUGAAAGAAACAUUUUUGAAACGCAUACUACCAGAUAUACACAACCCUUAUUAUAAGCUGACAAGGGAAGAAGUAAUCAGUUUCAGACAAGGGUGUGAUAUUGUGGCAAAAGAUAAAAUGAAUAAACUGGAAAUUAAAACAAAUAGUGAUGGUUCUGGCAGUAAUGCUGAAACAUGCAACAAAGAAAAGACAACUAAUAAUGAGACAAUCAAAGAAUCAAAGACAAGUCGAAAUGAUGAAGAGGAGAUACUGAAUAGUUCAGUUGAUGGCAAAGAUUCUACUCUUAAAAAGUCAAACAUAGCUUCAAAUGAAAAUAAUGUAACAAGUAACUACUAUGAAACAGCUGAAGAUAUACAAAAAAUAUUAGAAUCUCCAAAGCCUGAUGAUCAAGAAAAUGCAACCAUGUUACCAGAUGAUACUCUCAGAGACAAAACUUACACACAAACUCUUGCACCAACCUUACAAGAUGUGUUAAAUGAUUUUGUAACAGAAUCUGAUGACUCCGAUAAGGAACCGAAAAUGGAAAUAGUUGAAGAUUCAAAUAAAAGUAUUGAUGAUGGAAAUGAAUCAAAAUUUCCGCAAGAUGACGAUAGCUCUAAUAUGGCUAUCACCGAUAUUGCGAAGAAUGCUAAGGGGCUGUCUGCUGAAUUUGUUGAAGAAGUAUUGUUGAGUGAGAUUCAAGACUCUGGGAUACAAGCAUUAAAAUCGAAAUCAAUUAAUUUAAAGAAAACACAGAAAGCUAACAUUGAAAAUAAAAGUAACACAAAAACACAGGACACAAUUGUGAUUGAUUCUGAAAAAGAAAAAGAGACUAUUAAUGCUGAAAGUAAAAACGAUACAAUAGAAGUAGAAGAACAUCAAGAUAUUAACUCUAAUAAAGAUAAAACAAAUAAUAUCAAAGCACCUGAAAAGGAAAAGGUUUUGGAUCAGCAUCACAAUAAACAGUCGCAAAAUAGUUCUGGGGACACUUUGAUUCCCAAUAAUCAAGAGUGUUUGAGCAAGAAUAGUUUGAGUAAUCAAAAUGAAAAAUCUCCUGAACACAGAGAAGAAGAAGAACAUAUAUUAAAUGUUUCAAGAAAAAGAACUAGUUCAGAAGAAACUUUAGUUUUAGAACAGAAGAAGAGAAAGAAUGAGAAUUCAACAAAGUUUGAUGAAAUACUUCAGGAUGUAGCAACACACAACAAAAAUGAACAAAAUGGCUUAGAUAAAGAUAGAGCAAAAAUCAAUGAAAUCAAAAAGAAAGAAAAUGUUAUUGCAAAUAAAUCAAAACCAAGUAAUAACAAAGCAAAACCUGCAUAUGAAAACCCAUGUUUAAAGAGUGUUAACUUAUUUGCUGAUCAAUUCAAUAAUUUAGAAUCAGAUGAUUCAGAAACAAGCGGAGCUAUUAACAAUACAAUAAACAAAGUUGGAUCUAAUGAUGAAUUCGAAAACAUACAGACAGCCAUUUUAAAAAAAGACGUAAUUGUUUUACAAUCUCAUUCAGAAACUGAGAGUCACACCGAAAAAACUCCGAAAAAGGACAGAAAAAUCGGCAGAUUGCAAAGGAAAAAGGCCUUGGCUAAUGUUUUUGGAUUUUCCAGUGGAACAGUAACAUCAAGCAGAAAGACAAAAUUAAGUUUAAAAAAGUCGAGUCCACACCAAAAAUAUAACGAAACGGGCUCUCGUACAAGCGAUUGGACAUCGGAAAGCGAAACCGAAGUGUUUGUGUCGCCGCCCCGGGCUCGACGGAACAGACAAACUAAGAAGUAUUUAAAACCGAAAUCUGCACGAAUACUGUCUUUGGAAGAGGAAGGAGGUCUCUUCGUGAUGUACGGCAAGAAAAUUUAUCCCCUUGUCAAAGACGGAAAAAUGGUUAAAAAUUAUCUCACUUACAAACCUAAUAGCGAGUCGGAAUUUGAAGAUGAGAAAUAUUGGAAACAGAAAUAUGCCGAGGAAAAGAAGAAAACUGAAGAGUUGAAAAAAUUACUGGAGGAAUCAAAAAAAGGCGAAUCCGAUCCUAUUCUUUCUCCUAUACUACCUGCACCGAGAAACACCAUCAGACCCUCUAACAUUGGAAGCACUAGCCACAAAGAAGUGCAAGUAAAAGAAUCUGCUCACGAAGAACAAGAUGAAAAUAAAACAAUGAAAAUUAAACUGACCAGAAAUAACGAGGAGGUGUACUUGGAAGGCAGAUGGCCUCAGAUCCAGACAGUAUUGAAACAAGUCGUCAGUAUAAUUGAUACAAAAACGCACCAGGACAACGCGGAGAAUAAUAUUUUGAAAGUUCCCGAACAAUCGACGGUUAUAACCAGCGGUGAAUCAACGCCGGUCGCUUUUGACCCAGUUACACACGAGAAAGUCGAUAAAAUCGAAAGCGAAAUUUUCAAAGAAAUCGAAGAGCGCGACAAAGAAGAACAUCCCAAAGAAACUGUAGCGUCAAAAACUUCAGAGGAUAAUGUAACUAAACGAGGUCGAGGACGACCCCGGAAGUCAUCGUCGAUUUCAACACACAGCGUCCCAAAGAAAUCUAGAACAUCGAUUACCUCAGAGGAAAGAACACCCACAAAAAAAAAUGAAUCUGACAGUAAGAAAUCGAUAACGGACAAUGAAAGAAAGAGCUUGAAAGAACCGGCCGUUUCACCACGAAAGAAUAAAUCGCCAAAGAAAUCGAAUAAUGAAUCAUCAAAUGAUGAAGAGGCAGUAGGCGUUAGGACGACAAGGAGUUCUAUUGGAAAAUUGCGGCGAUCUGGCAACACCAGCAAGAUCGACGAAAGCAACAUUCGGUACAUGCUCCCAACAAAGAAAGCCACAAAAAGAAUUACCGCAAGUAAUACCAACAAAACAACUCGGAAAUCGAAUAGAAGCUUUGCAAUACCAUCCGUAUACUCAUCUCCCGACAACUCCCGCGCGUCAGAGAGCACACAAGGCUAUCAAGAUUCCGAUCUGAGUCCCACGAAAAUUAUAAGGAGAAGAAGAUCAAAUUUGCCGACAGCUGUGGCGAAUAAAAAUAAAAAUAAACAGAGACGUAACGUAGGUAGAAAGUUGCUUGUAGUAACUCAAGAUUAUUCAACGGACUCUAAUAAUUCAUUAUGCGGUAUCCCCGUAAAGAAUCGGACGCUUAGGAGUUCCAGUGAAAUUUACAAAACCGAUUCGUAUUUAUAUCUUUUCGCAAAUAGUAAACGCCCCCUUAAGAGACUGGAUAAGAUCGAGGAGACGAUUCCCAUGGCUAAUGAUGGUUUCAAUGCGUCUUCCGAAAAUCGAAUUGAAACGCUCAAAACACAUUAUCUUCGUUCGCCGCAAAAUACAGACAUCGGUAGCUCUAGUAAUGUUUCUCUGCCGCAAUCUCCCGAACUGUCGCUGGUCGAAAAUAUCUCUGUCUGCAAAGACAUGAUCAGUAGUACUGAACACAUUGGCAAUCUAAACGAAAAACAAGAAAGAAAUACAGCGGCCAUUUCCCACCACAGUACAUACCUGAUUUCUGAAGUGGAUGUCACCAUACCUCUAAUGGAGCAACUGAGCGAAGUGAAAGUAAGCGGCGGGAAUGGGCUGAAUAAAUCGACGGAUGUGCCUAUUUCGGAAUCUCUCGUGAAUCAGAUAGGCAAUGUUGGCUUGAGAGAUAGCGUAUCCGUGACCGACGCUUUAGAUAAAAGACUGAGCGAAUUGCUGUUAGAAAGUGCGAAGAAGAUAUCCCAACCUGCAAAUGUUAAUGAUAUGGAAGUCGACGAAAACAUAUCGGUACUGGCAAAGAAAUCAAAAGGCAAGAAGCGAUGCUCGACGCCGCGUAAAAAGAAAGAAGAAAAAAAAACGAAAACUGUCAAUAUCGAAGCCAUUGAUGAACACAUGGAAUAUUCUCGAGCAGGGGCGAGAUCCUGCCCUCCUUCGAUAAAUGUCAUUGAUGAAAACGCUAUGGAUUGCGACGAAAAUAAUUACGUUACCAAAAUCGACAAAGUUCGAAAAAAGAAAGACAUAAUAAAAGUGAAGAUACUACGGCCCAGAAAAAAAAGCAGAUCAAAAGAAAAAUACGUCAUAUCGGUAAAUGAAAUUAGCGAAAUGUCAAUCUGUACUGACAGCGGGAUUAAUGCCACGGAAACGGAAGGCUUGUUUCCUCUCGAUGACAGCGUGGACCUUAUACAUAAUCAUUCGGAAACUUGUCUACACACAAAUGAAUGUGUAGCGGACAGCGUCGAAUUUGUUGAUAUCUCAAAUACAAUUAUUUCCUUGAACAGCGAUUCUAGUCGAUCACGGGAUUGGAUCCAGGAAAUGGGAUUUAAAAAUGCCCAAAGUAGUUUUCCUAAUUUAGAGACUGAAGUACAAGAAAUAGAAAUGGGCGUUAAUGCAAAAGACAACGAACAAGGCAUAGACUCGAGAAAAACGGAUGAUUAUAAUCUAAUGGAGAAUUUAGGUCAUUCCGAAAAUAAGAACAUUGAAAUCAUGAAUACUAGUCUUAUGACGGAAGAUUUAUCUGAUGAAACCCAUACUCCGUCGCAACCAGAAUGUCAAUUUUCAAAGUGGUUUUUAUUCAGUGAAGAUGAUACUUCUAAUGUGAACUUAGACCAAUGUAGGUCAAAUACUGGCGGUUCUGGAUCAAAUCUUAAACAAAUAUUUCCUAUAGCUUGUGCCAUUCCCGAUUUAUCUACUAUCACAGAAAUGUCAAAAGAAAAUGAGGAUAGUCGAAAAACAAAUUUAAAUAUAGAUUACUUGAGUGGCGGCGACUCGACGAACCUGUUUAGUGCUUACAUAGACAAUUAGAUUGUACUAGUUUAUAUUUUUAGUGUGUAAUUAGUUUAAUAAUUUAUUUAGAUGCUAUAUGUUUUUUUUUUUAAAUAAAUGAAUUAAGAAAUUUUUGAA